UUGCGAAACCUCCAAAACCCCAACCCUCCUCCGAAUUAGGGUUUCUCUCUCCGGUCACCUUCGCAUCCCGAUGGACGAGUCCGCCUUGCAACUCGUCGCCAAAAUCGGCAACCAGCUCCGCCGUCAAACCCGCCCUAACAAGGACUCCGUCGUCAAAUCGCUCCGAGAAGCUACAGUCGCGUUCGCCGAGCUAGAACAGCCUUCCGGCCCCAAAAAGAAGGAAGCCACCAGGAAACUAGAGGCGGCCAUAGAGCCUCUGAAGGAAACCAUUGUUAAAGGCUUGCUUCGGCAUCGAGAUAAGGAUGUGAGGCUCUUAGUGGCCAUCUGCGCCACUGAGAUGAUGAGACUCAUGGCGCCUGAACCGCCAUUUGAGGAUAGAGAUCUCAGAGAUGUGUUUAAGCUUCUUGUGAGUGUGUUUGCCGAGCUAGGCGAUACUGGAAACUCUUUGUUUUCGAAGAGGGCUAAGAUAGUGGAGAUUGUUGCGAAGUUGAAAUGCUGUGUGAUCUUGUUGGACAUUGACUGUAAUGAUGUUGUUCUCGACAUGUUCAAUACUUUCUUCUCUGUUGUGAGAAAGAAUCAUCAACAGACUUUGAUCAAUGAUAUUUUGUCUAUAAUGGCUGAGAUACUAAAUGAGGAAGCUUCUCACCCUCUUUUGGAUGUGAUUCUCCGUAAUCUUGUGAAGGAGGGAACGGAUACAGCCUCUGCUUCUUCUCAGCUUGCAGUUUCUGUGAUCCAAACAUGCACAGAAAAGCUGGAACCCUUAGUUUGUGCCUUUUUGACAUCUUGUAUUUUAGACAGAGAUGCCGUGGAGAGUGAGCUCAAGGAAUUUUACCAUGAAAUAAUUUUCAGAAUUUUCGAAUGUGCUCCUCAGAUGCUUUUAGCUGUCAUCCCUAAUUUAACUCAAGAAUUACUGACUGAUCAAGUCGAUGUCCGGAUAAAAGCUGUUAAGCUAAUUGGAAAACUCUUUACACUGCCUGAACACCAUAUAUCACGAAAAUAUGAUGACCUCUUCAAAGAGUUCUUAAGAAGAUUCUCGGAUAAGUCUGUGGAAGUUAGAGUUAAUGCUCUACAAUGUGCUAGAGUUUGCUAUGUCACCAAUCCAUCUGGGGAAGAAUCACAAAAACUUCUAUCUUCCCUUGAAGGUCGAUUACUAGAUUUUGAUGAUAGAGUGAGAACACAAGCAGUAAUUGUUUCCUGUGAUCUUGCCAUGUCUAACCUGAGAUACUUUCCUCCCAAACUUAUAUCUCAAACUACUGAAAGACUUCGGGACAAGAAGAUACCUAUCAGAAAAAUGGCUCUGCAAAAGUUGAUGGAAGUCUACCGGUGUUACUGUAACAAGUGUUCGGAAGGUUACAUUGCAAUAAGUGACCACUUUGAACAGAUUCCGUGUAAAAUCUUGAUGCUCUGCUAUGAUAAAGAUUGUAAGGAGUUCAGGUCCCAAAAUAUGGAGCUUGUUCUGGCAGAAGAUUUAUUUUCGGCUGUUCUUUCGACUGAAGAAAGAACAAGGCACUGGAUCCAUUUGUUUUCGGUUUUCACCCCACUUCAUCUGAAGGCGUUGAAUGCUAUUUUAUCUCAGAAACAAAGGUUGCAAAGCGAAAUGCGAACAUACUUAGAGAUAAGAAAGAAAGAGAAGGGAAAUGAUCCAGAAGACAUGCAGAAGAGAUAUAAGACUUUGUUCUCGAAAAUGGCAGUCUCUUUUGUAGACCCUUCCCAUGCAGAAGAAUGCUUUCAUAAAUUGAACCAUAUGAAAGUUAACAACAUAUUUGAUUUACUCGCUUUAUUAUUGGAUGAAAGUAGAGAUGCUCAGACAACCAGAGACAAAUUUCUGCAGACUAUUGGAGAGAAACAUGAAGAUUUUGAGUUCUUACAGACACUCUCUUCAAAAUGCUCUUAUAACAUAUUCAGCUCAGAACAUGUUCGCUGUAUUCUAGAUUUUCUUUCCAGUAACACUACAGGAAACAAGCACCUUGAGGCUUCUUGUGUCCGGCUCCUUCUGGCAAUUACCAGCUUUUUCCCCACUCUCUUGAGAGGAUCUGAAGCACAAUUUCAGAUGUUAUUACAGGGGAGCAACCCAAUCAAUGUUCGGUUGCUUGAAGUGUUAGCCCAAGCUGGGAAGCAUAUAUCACUCAACCUUAGUGAAAUCUAUCCCUUUCUGGAAAGGGUCUGUGUGGAGGGGACUCGUUUGCAGGCAAAAUAUGCUGUUUCAGCAAUUGCUGCAUCAUUCGAUACUUCUAAGCAAUUAUCAAGUCUAUGCAAGAAACUUGUGGAAUCUCUACUUAGUGAGCAGAACAUACCAACAGUGCUGCAGUCCUUGGGGUGUCUGGCACAGCAUUCUGUUCCAACAUUCGAAAGUCAAGCUGGAGAGAUCACUUCUUACAUAUAUCAGAGUAUUUUCCAAGUGGACUUGUCGGAUUGUAUGAACUCAUUUGAUGAUGCGUCUGGUUGUAGCAAUUCUUGCAAACUGAAGAUAUAUGGGCUGAAAACACUUGUCAAGAGCUUCUUGCCACAUGGUGGAACUCGCAUCAAACGGCAAGUUAAUGAACUCUGGGACAUUUUGUCAACAAUGUUGCUAAAGGGUGAAACAGUUGAUAGUAUUACCUCAUGUGAAAGUGAUAGUGCUUGUCAACCUUGUAUAAGAUUAGCUGCUGCAAAGUCUGUUCUCCGGCUUUCCCGAAAAUGGGAUUUCCAUAUUUCUCCAGAGAUAUUUCGCCUUACAAUUUCAACGGCAAAGGAUGACUCUCCUUUGGUUAGAAGAUCAUAUCUGGAUAAAACACACAAACUGCUGAAGAGGCAUGCUAUACCUAGCAGAUAUGCAUGUGCUUUUGCAAUUGCCACUUCAGAUUGCCUCAAAGAUCUCCAAGAUGAUUCAUUUAAAUAUAUGACAGAAUUUAUCAAGGAUUACAGUAAAGAAGCUCAAGCGCAUCAAACAGCUGGGGCACAAGAAGGAUUAGUGACUAGUUUUCCAGCAUACAUUGUGGUAUUCUUGAUCCAUCUUCUCGCUCAUGAUAAAGAUUUUCCCAGUGAAGAUUGUCAGGAUGGAGAAAUAUAUGCUCAGUUUUGCUAUCCCCUGUUUGUUUUAUUGCGGGAUCUAGUCAAUACUAGUAAUGGUGAUGGUGCCCUGGGUAUUCUCAAGGAUUCUGUCUUGAAUUUGAUCUGCAUUUUUCGUGCAAUUAAGAAAGCUGAGGAUGCCAUUGAUAUACAAAAAACUUAUAGGCUGCACCUUCUAGCAGACAUUGGACACGUUUUUGUGAUGUCAACAAAUCGUAAUGGCCUCUCUUCAUCAGAUGGUCCUGGGCAAAUUUUGCUACCUUCAUCCUUAUAUAAAUCUAAUAGUAGGGGCCUUGCUCAAUCAUGUUUCGAUGAGGACUUUGUCCAAAGAGUAGUUCAUAUAUUUAAAUCUAACAUAUCUUUGCCUUCAAGUACUCUUCCUAAAAGUGGGCGGAAGUGUCAAGAGAAUACGUUAAAAUCUAAUGUUAUCAAGGGUGACAUAGGCACCGGUACAGGACAUAGGCAAAAACGGGCUCUCUCUCCAAGUGCUCUUGGAUCAGAUGGAAAUGGGGCAUUUAAAAAGUCUGUGUUUAGUCUGGGGAAAGAAGUAGUUUCAUCUUGUGAUUCUGUAGCUACAGAAGUAUCUCUGGAUGAUCAGAAUGUGAAAAGAAAUACCACUACUCUGAUGGAAGAUGUUAAUAUGAAUAAGAGCAUCGGUGAAGAACACUCCGAUCAUCCCAGUAAAUACAAGAUCACAUGUGAUAGUAGUGGGGAUAUUCAGGUGGUAUGCUUCGAAACUGAUAGCGGGGAAACUUUAACUGAUGGCUCGCUGAAGGAAAGGCCUAAACAAAACAAGAGGAAGAAAGCUUCUGUAGACACCUCUGUAACAGAAGUUCUUGGGAUGAACAACGAUGCGGUUGCCAGAAGAACUCGACGACAAAAGAAAUUAAAUUAUGUGUGAAACCAUUUUCUUUUGAGUCUGAUCAUUGCAUUCGCUUCAAGGACGAUUCCACAGAUGCUUUGGAGAUUUUUGUCUGGUAGUGAUCAAGUGCCCACCAGAGAUCACUCUUUGCCUGUAAGUAGUCU